AUGACAGGAGAAGGAGGAAAGGGGAAUUGACUCGUAUGAGGUUACUGAGUAUUGUGCCAAAGUAAUUGGGGGGGGGGGGGGGGGGGGGGUGAAUGGUGGCUCGCAAUAGGGGUGUGGGAUAAAAAAUUAAGAAAAGCAUGGUGAGGUAGGCGAGAGGCACAUGUUAAAAAAAAAAGAAACAAAUAGCUAAAAAGAAAGAAAGAUGUGGAUNUUUUUAGCGACGUUUUCACCGUCAUCGUCGUCGUCGUUACUUAACAGGGGCGGAUCCAGGGGGAGGGUGCAGAGGGUGCGCACCCCCCCCCCUGGGAUGACCUGCGGCCGCUUUCUAAUUAACACUGUGCAGUAGCUUGACAGACAUACAAAAUCUGCUCUAUCGUUUGAUAUGUAUUCUCAGCAGUUUACAUUAUGUUAUUUCCUAGUCAAAAGCCCUCUUCUUCGUAUUCGCUUUUAAAAUUUUUUACGUCAUCGGUCAGUUAGUGGUGCACCCCCUCCUAAAAAAAAUCCUGGAUCCGCCCCUGACUUAAGUUCCCUAUUAUAUCGGCGUCGACGCCAAAGAUUGUGGGUUGAUUUUGUUGUUAGCCGAGAGGUUUUUUUCUACAGUUACUCCUUCUCAUAAAAAAAAACGUUUCCAAUCCAAUUCAACCAGACAUGGUAGACGAAGAACCACUACGUGGAUGCCCUCCAUCUAAAUCGUUUUUGGAUCAUUUCGGGUUUCAGGGGAACUGCCCAACUACCCCUCCCCUAAGCCAACAUUUUGCCCUAAGGGAAAGGCAAGUGAUAAUGUUGGCUUAGGGGAGGGGUAGGUGGGCAGUUUCCCUGAAACCUAACACGGUGGUCGGUUGCUAGGGCCUUUCCUCCCAAAUGCCUCUCAAAACUGACAGUUUUAGGCCAUAGACAGAAGUAGAAUGCAUCGAAUGUGACGAAACUUGGCAGGGAAGUAGUUUGAUAAAUUACCUGUUUAUCGGUUUUAUUUUAUCCCAUGUGACUUCUGUUGUGACGUCAUAAAUGAUGUCCAAAUUUGGCAUCCGAAAAAAUUUAAGGAAAGAAAUGGUAAAAACUUUACAUUAGUUUUCUGUAUAGAAUUAUAUGAUUUCUAGUGAAAACCCCGUCUCAAUCGGAUAAAAAGGAGUAAAGUUACAGCUAAUAAAAGAAAUCCAAAUUUCCCCCAAAUGACCAUAUAUGGUCAAAAUUAGGGGUAUUUUAAACGCGAGAACAUUGAAUGUAUUGGAACAGGAGCAAGGACAAAGUUACAUAAAAUCAAAAUUGUAGUUUUUUCUACUUAGGGUAUGUGGUGCUAUGACACGUUUUUCGUCAAGAAAUACGUCAUUUUGACGUCACAAUGACGUAUUUAGUGACGAAAACGCGUCAUAGCAGCACAUAAGUAAAAAAACGUAAGUAGAAAAAACUACAAUUUUGAUUUUAUGCAACUUUUCCCUUGCUCCUGUGACAAUACAUUCAUUGUUCUCGCGUUUAAAAUCCCCCUAAUUUUGACCAUAUAUGGUCAUUUGGGGGAAAUUUGAAUUUCUUUUAUUAGCUGUAACUUUACUCCUUUUUAUCCGAUUGAGAUGGGGUUUUCACUACACAUAUUCUUUUUGAGUAGCAAAAACGUCUGUAAUGUUUUGAACCCUGCUUUGCAAGUUUUUAAUGUUGUUACUAAAAAUAGGCGUCACUUAUGACGUCAUACUUUCAAGAAACGUCAAAAAUACCUUUACAAUGGUAAAAUUUAAAGAAAAUUUUUCUCUAAUUAAGAUGUUUUAAUGUCUUGCUUCAUCUGGAAUAUAAAAUACUGCUCUGUGAGCCAAAAAUUGAAUUUACGAAGUUGCGGGAGGGAAAGCCUCGUUUUUAAUAAGGGUGCGAGGGAAACUGGGUCAAAGUCAUUCCUCUAAAUAAUCCCAUAGUGCAAUGGAGCGUUUUCACAUGACGUCACGGCGGCCAUAUUGGUGUUCCAAAACAAUGAAACGGCGGCCAUGUUGGUGUACCAAGAAAAUCCUCUGGGAGUUGAACUCUUUUCUCAUGUAAAUAAUUUCUUUUGUUCCUUUUCAUUAGCAUAGAUACUGGCCACGUGACUGAAAACGUUCUAUUCUCUUCAACAUUAGGACGCAGUCUUACAGGCAACCACCAGAUGGCUAAUGUGAUUUCGAUCGAAUGUUUUCUUUUGAAAUCAAUUUACAAAUGCAAUCUAAGUUACAGGUCCAACUCAAAGGCAAGGAAAACCUGGGGGACUUCUUUAUGGCAGGAGGGGGAAUGCCAGUGGGCGCGGUGGCUUGACCUCUAAAGUAGACCAUACUAUUUCCAGACAAGCAAAUAAGGGCUAUAGUGUUUUAAAUGGCACUGUAGUUGUUUGAAUAAAUGGCGUUUGUUGUUCUUCAGUAACCGGUGGUUUGGAUUUAGAUUUACCUUUGCGCACAAUCUUAAUCUUAAUUGAAGAGCAAACAGGCUAAUUGCGAAGUGAAAACGUUAAUAUGAAAACGAAAAUGAAACAAAGAUUAUAGUCGUUGCUGUUGUCUUACCUUUUUCUAGUACCAACGUCGCCUCCGCUUAAUGUGACCGCAUACAACACCAGCUCCACUAGCAUUUUUGUCACGUGGUCUCCUCCACCAUCGGACAACAUUCCAGGAAUUCUUCUGGGCUACGAGGUCUCGUACACACCUUCAGAGCCAGAAAUAUCCCACAAUUCAUCAACUAUUAGAAGGGUUAUGUUGUGUUCCUGCAAUACAUCAAUAGAAUUGACAAAACUCACCGUUUAUGAACAGUAUAACAUCACUGUUGCUGCCUUUACCUCUGGUGGUAUUGGGAAUGAGAGUGAAAUAAUACAGAUUUGGACAGAUGAGGAAGGUUUGUUCUUCAGCUGUGAGAGAAUUGAGAGCUUUAGAUUUGAACACGAGAGAGAGUACGAGAUUUAAUUAGCACUAGAGUUUUUGCGCGUGUCUUCCAAAGAAAAAAAACAUAGACACAUCGGAAAGCUUUAUUUUACUUUUCCUUCACGGUUAAUUAAUUAUAGAGAAGGAGGUUAAGCUCUCUCCCGAUAGCAAAAUGAUAAAACUUCUCACAUUUGAUCAUUACUUGCUCUCGCCACUACGACAUUCUCGCUAAACUCGUAGUAGAAUGACGACGGCUAUCAUGUUUUCCCGCCAAAAUGAGCAAUACUCAGUAUUAGGAAAAUCUUCACUUGUACUCAUAGUCGUCCUCGUCUUAGAAUCUAAAAGCUCUCUAAUAGUUUAGUCGUAUUGUGUUCUGGGCCUGGAAGGGCUUUCCCGGGAUCCGCAGUUUGACCAAAAAUACAGUGUGGGAUUCGGGAAACGCUAACGGGCUACAGGAUUUGACUGCUACCCAAGUAGCGGGAUUCCCCAAACAUUGACUCUGGGAGGGGGGAUUGGGAAAGCAGACGAUAUUCGGAAUGGCGAUGACAGAAGUUCGGGACGCGAGAUUCUCGUCAAAAAUGAGCGCGAAUGUGGAAUCAAGGCACCGGUUUCCCGACCCUUUGUGCUUUAUUCGUUUCAUUGUGCAGUACUCGAUACUCUUUAUUGCACUGUGCGCUAUUGCAGUGAAUUGUACUGCACUGUUAGUUUUUGCAUCGCAUUCGAUUGCAUUGCGUCCUACUCUAUUGAAUGGCAUUGGGUCGUUGUAGAUAAAAUCCUCAGGAGUCACUCUUUACAAAGGGACUAUUCAUUAGAAUUUUCCCGUGGCAUUCUUACUUCUCAUCCACCGAAUAGUUCCUGCCUUUAAAACUUCUCUUGAGUUGUCAAAUUAACGACGCUAAAGAAGUGGAGGUUUAGAUCAGGUAAGUCCUUGACCUGUUCUCUCCCAGGUAAGUUUAUGAGAAACUCCAAGGGGUUGAGGGAGGGGUUCCCGUUUUUCUUAGUGGGUGGGAGAGAUAUAAACAGAGAAAUCCUCCUUUGGGUUCAGGUACGAAUAUUAAUAGGGAGCUUUAGCAACGACCACGGCGACGGCAAAGAGGACGUCAAAAAAGCAAUAGGUUUAUUACGCAAAACAACAACUUUGCACGUGCAUCACGCUUUUUUGUACAUUUCUUUACCGUCCUUGCACGACUACGACGUGAAAAUGCCUAAUUUCAAGUUUUAUGGACGACGUAAACAAGCGACGACGAAUCUCUUUUUCUCUCUCUAAACUUGAGUGCGGUCCUCAAGAAAUCAACUCCAGAGAAAUUCGCCUACGCUUGCCAUUUUCAGCAAACUGGAAUACACGCGAUAAAGAUUUAAAAAACGGGAAUUCAUUUUAAAACUGACGUUUUCGCUGCAGUUGCAGUCGUCGAUGCUAAAGCUGUCUAUUAUCAGGAACAUGUAAACAAGGCAACGCCAAUUUGGUGCUAUAUGGGGUCGUGAAAAUAAAAACAUAUAACAUAUUUGCGUUUUCUUGCAGAACCAAAAGAGGCACCACAAAAUGUCUCAGCAGUGUCCGAGACUUUUGACAGCAUAAAUGUGACCUGGAGAGAAGUUCCUGAAGAGAAAAGAGAUGGCAUAAUUAUUCUAUAUCAAGUGAUGGUCUUUUCUAAUAGCUCUUACAAACUUCACAAUACAACUGAGAGCAACCGUGCUAUCAAGAUACAUGGCUUAGAAAUGUUCAAGAUGUAUGAAGUGGAAGUCAGAGCCUUUACAAGAAUAGGACCAGGCCCCUUCAGUGAUUCCAGAGAGCUUAAGACGAAAGAAGAAGGUAUUUUGAAUUGAAUUCACAGAAAUCAGCAGUUUGUAGUCAUGUAAUUUAUCCGCGAAGGUAGUCUGCACUAGUUUCACGAAUAGCUAGUACGAACAAAGAAAAGAAAAGAAAGGCAAAAGACUGGGGCGAGGUCUUCUCUUCCCAGUCUUUAGGAAUGCUUUCUCGACUGCGUAAUGAACACACUACUGUUUUUACUAAGCUUAUAGGCACUUUUUUUUAAAAUUUAGUAAUAUUAUACGCAUUCGCCACUUGCACACCUCCCAUAAUGCACCAUAACUGUCCCCCAAAAUUUUGCAUAAGCAUUGUUUUCAAUUUCUUUUGGGAAGGCUGUAAUACCCAGGAGAAAUGAGAAACAAGGGUUAUGUAAAUUUCUUUUUUUGGCGGGGGGUGGGGGAGGGGAAUAAGGUGCAUUGUGGGAGAUGUGCUAGUGACGAAUGUAAUAAUCUUAUAAAUUUUACACUUCGGUCUCUAGUCAAUUAUGAUACUCUUUAAGUAGUUUUAUUAAUGGGAUUUUAAUAGCUACAAUAGUUGCGUAUUUUCAUUUAUAGAGUCCCCGUUUAGUGGUUCCUCUACUGCUAUGUUAGUUUGACACUUAAAUAAAGGUAUUGAUUGAUUGAUUGAUUGAUUGAAUGUCAAUUCACAAAGGAGGCCAGCAGGUACCUUUUCAGCAGAAAAAUUGGUGCUGAGUGCCAGAAGGGGCUGUAAUAUUGUACUUAAACGCGGGUUACUUUUUCUCGACCUGAGCGGAUUACCUCACCUACCUGGGGUCGCCCAGCUCCAGGUAAACCUGGGCCCUAACUCGAUAUUUAUUAUUUUUUAACAGCUCCAUGGUUCGCCCCUCAUGUUACUGGCCAUGCAUUCAACAGGACAGCCAUUAACGUGACAUGGGAUAUUUCCUUGCCUCAAGGAUUCAAAUUACGAGGGUUUAACGUGACUUACAGAGCUCUCGUGAAUUAUACAUGGAGGCAAAAUCAAACGGUACGCGUCAACGAGUCCGAAAGGACAGUGGUUCUCACGGGACUUGAGGUGUCCACUAAAUACGAGAUCAAAGUAGCGGCGGCCACAAACUACCAAGGACCCUACAGUCACGCAAUUUUCGUCAAGACUGAAGACGGAGGUGAGGGUUGAAAAGUUAUGCUAAUUAGGCUCUUUGCUCCCCCCCCCACCCCACCCCAGGGGUGCCAUGAGAAUUUUGUAAGGAGAGGCUUCGCCCUAUGGUCCGCCCCCUUACCCAUUUUUAGUAAAAUCCAACUAGUGGUCUAUUAUCAAUGCUGCGUUCUGAUUGGUUGAGCUGCUACUAGGCUAUAUGUUACAGCCGACUAGUAACGAAAAGCGCCGGCUGAAAACCAAAACAAUGGCGGCUGAAUCGCGUUUUGCUAGCUAAAGUUUUUUUGUCUCGAUAUUUUUGACCAACUAGUUGGAUUUUACUGAAAAAAUUAUUCCUCUCGCCCUCAUGGCCUCUGAGCCAAUAGCCCAUUCGGGCUCGAGGAAUAAUUGUUAAAUAUACCAUUUUUGACAUAAAAGGUACCCCUUUCGUAUACCUUCUAUUGACAAAUGGCUCCCCUUUUGCAUACCUGUUACUGACAAAUGGCAACCCCUUUCACAUGCUAGUUUAGAAGGCUGCAUGCCUUUUAACUGCUGUAAGUGCACCGUGUUUUAAAUAUGAAUAAAUCACCAAACCAGAAAGUUUUCUUGUCUUUUGACAGCCAUAAAAUGCGAUUCUUGGCCCGUUUUUGUCCAAUCACAGACCGCAAUGACAGCUUUCCCUACCCUUUCAUAUAUCUGGUGAAAUCCCUACCCUUUUAUACACCUAAAGCCUGACAAAGGUACCCCUUUCGGGGGGAGCCUCCCCAUAUAGGCCAUUAUAUGGAGUACCUCUCCCCAGGCCUUUUUCAGCUCGCAAUCGCGCGACAUGCUUAUUGCAAAAAUAAUGAGAUACAAAUUUAACAACAUCAGAGAUGAAAAAGCAUGAGAAAUUAAAAUUCACUGUAGUAUCGCAAGCGCAUCGACACACCCACGGAAAAACCUACCAGAUGUACGGUCCUUUCGAGUUUUCCACUGCUACAUACAGUAUUUUUUCGUUAUUAAAGCCACAGUAGAAUCGCAGCAGCGAGUGCUUGGUAUUUUUAGCGUUGUAUCUCAUAGGUCACGUGAACCCGAGCUGUGACAGGGCCUAUUCGGACUUUCCGAGUUUCAAAAACUCUCAUUUUCAAAACGAGGUUAAGUGCAAAACCUUUGUUGUGAAAAUGAGUUUUAUUUCAUGAGAAUAAAAAAAUCAUAGCCUCGCCUUGAAACAGAGGCUUCGAGCAACUCGAAAAUGGCCUAACGUAGCCACUAACAGCCCACGUCUUAGGCUCUUCUAAGCGCGGGUGAACGUGAAAAAAUCGCGCUCUGUUUUCCCCUUUAGCGUACCUUUUUCUUUUUUCGUGCUUGAUUUUCUGUUUCCUGCUUUCCUUUCAAGCGUCUGCUGGGCUAGCCGUCUUCAAUACAUGACUUAACACUAUCACCACCAUGGAUUCUUAGGCUUUCAUGUUGGUUUACUGUAAACGAAAAGGGGAAACAAAUUUGCAGUUUCAUGUGACAAAAAUGUUUGUUAAAAGAAGGCAACAAAGUCGUUCCACGUGUUGAUUAGCUAUCACAGGUGAAAGUAUGACAAAUUUAGGCAAAGAAAUUCUGAGAUGUCAGCGUACGCCAAAUAUACCCUGAAUCCGUUGGUGUAUGCGGUGUAUGGGGGUGAUCACGAGACAACAAGCUUUUUUACCGAUGCGGCGGCCAUUUUGAAUUUAGUAGAUUAAAGGAGUAUUGUGAGAUGCCCAGGGAGCAAUCUCUCAGUAUUUACGCGUGCUUUUCGGGCAAAAAGAGAACUUCAAUGUUUAUUUCUCGGCAAAGAUGCGAUCAUUUUUACAUCCAAACACGGCACAACAAUCUUUUUUUCUCAUUACAAUCUUUUUCUAGAAAACCUAAAGAAAAAUUGGCCCAAAAAGCCCGCUUAGAUACUGAGCGAGUAAAUCAGACCGUGCUCAUGCCACCUGGGUAUCUCAUAAGACUCCUUGAAUCUAACUAAUUCAAAAUGGCCGCCGUAUCGGUAAAAAAAUCUAUUCGCCACUUCCACAUUUCCCAUAAUGCACCUUAUAUGCCCCCCAAAUUUUGCAUAACCUUUGUUUUCAUUUCUUCUGGGUAUUACAGCCGUCCCAAGAGAAUUUGAAAACAAUGCUUAUGCAAAAUUUUGGGGAGCAAAUAAGGUGCGUCAUGGGAAAUGCGGAAGUAGCGUCUUGGACGACCAAGCUAGUUAUCAAGAUUUCUCUUUCAGAGGAGAGAUGUUGAAAAAAAGAGUUAGGCGACUAAAGUUAGUGAUUAAAUCGGCCAUUUUCGAGUUCCAGACUGACUCUCACUAUGAAAACGAGACUAAGAGCGAAACCUUUCUUAUGAAAAUGAGGUUUUCUUCGCAUAAGAAUAAGAAAUCAUUUUCAUAUCAAGAGCUUGGCACUUAGCCUCGCUUUGAAACAGAGGCUUGGGACUCGGAAAUGGUACUAAACCUGCGUUUUUAUACUGACACAGCACCUAGUGGUUCCCCUACCAACGUGGUUGCUGUUGCAAAGUCAACAUCAAGCAUCAACGUGACGUGGGGGCCUGUACCUGAGUUCCAACGCAAAGGAAACGUCACUAUGUACGAAAUUCAUGUGACCAACAGCAGCGAAAUUCAUGUGAUGAACAGCAGCCAUUACGGGGUAGCACAUAUCUCUGUUUGCGCGAACAACUUUUCAGUGGUGGUAGACGAGUUAGAAAUGUUUGUCACCUACUAUGUCAGAGUACGGGCCUUGACUGAAGGGGGAAUGGGGCCAUGGAGUCGUGAUGUUACCGUGACAACAAAUCAAAAAGGUACGACACCUUUAAACGCGAAAAAGGGAUUUAUAUGCCCGUAUUAUACGCAUGUGAUAUAUGCUCAGUCAGUUAUGAGAGUUUAAAACCAUCAAAUUCCUCUUUUAAAAGACACCAAUGGGACAGAGGUGUCAUAUUUAUCAUAACAAUUUUGGUUUCCUCUAGAAAGGUGUCUGUAUUGCUGGUUUUCAGUUGUCUCUGAAAUUGUUAGUGAGGAGGCGCCGGUCAGCUAUUGGCCGAUUACUUGCUCCGUAACAGUCCCAGAAGUCUCUGCGAAAGUUAACUCGGCCCAGUUUGCGAAUGUGAAGUAGUAAACGGUCUUUGUAUUUUGGCGCCAGUCAGCUAUCAGCCAAUUAUUUUCUCUGUUUCUAGCAACAGUCCCAGAAGUCUUUGCGAAAGUUAAUUCGAUCCAACUUCCUUCUCGUAACAGUCCCAGAAGUCUUUGCGAAAGUUGACCCGUCUCAGUUUCCUUCUCAGUAAAGGGUCUUUCUAUUUUGGCGGGAAUAACAAAAACAACACUUACCUGGUCAAUUUUUUAUUUUCCUUGUUUCUGGUGUUACCGUAUCUUGUUUUAUUCCUAGCGCCUGAGGUUGUCCUCAAUGCAACUGCAUCCGUAAUAAACAAAACGUCUAUUCGUGCGUCAUGGCAAAUAGAACGGAUUCAUCCUCGGUUACAAAAGCCGGACACAUAUCAAGUGUCUUAUUGUCCUCAUUGCCCACGGGAGACUUGCCUGGAAAAGAACAUAUCCACAUCAGAUGACGAUCUGACAACCCUGGUCAGUGAUCUUCUGGUUGGUGUUAAAUACAAUAUAACAGUGCGUGCCAUUAACGUAACAGCACGUGAUCUGACGCCUGUGGAAACGCCUUAUGGGAGCUAUAGCGAACCAGUUUACAACACGACACACGAAGGAGGUGGGUGGUCUCUUAUUUGCCUUACGCAAGCGAGAAUAGAGGGACAAAGAGAGGAAACGCCCAGUCUAGCCCUUGGGAUAUGUGAACUUCACCAAAGUUAUUUCUAGACAAUUUUAACCCUUGAAGUUAAUGGGGAGUUGGUUUCCAGAGAGGUCCGCAAAUUUAUAUAUUUUUUAUCGAGAGAGAAUUCAACAGUCGUCAUUGCAAUAGGGAGUUUAUGCAACGACCACUGCGACGGCUACGAAAACGUCACUUAAAAAGUGAAUUUGCGCUGCCUUAAACUUUAUCGCCCUUAUUCCAUCUUGUUUAAUUCGUCAAGUGUUGGCAAAUUUUUUUUGGAGUUGAAUUCUAAAGGACUGCAUCAAAGGUUAAGAAAAGAGAAAGGAAGUUGUUGUCUUUUGUUCCCGUCCUCGACAAAAAGGGAAAAUAGACAGUCUCACUUUGUAGUACUACAACGAUGACAAAAAAAUUGUACAAAAAAGCGUGUUGCAUGUGCAAAGUUGUUGUCUUGUUUGUCUAAACUUAUUGCUUUCUUGCCGUUCUCGCUGUCAUCCUCGUUGCGUAAACUCCUUAUUCUGCAAUCUUUGCUUUGAAACAGUCACGCGUGGACGUCUCAGGAAUCAGGCUUCCGUUUAACUACAACUUCUAAAAAUAACUUUGGUGAAAUCCAUAUAUCCCAGCCAACGCUGUAUGAUUCUCUCUCUCUAUUAGUUCUCUCUCGCCUUAUGUUAGGAGUUUAAAUGAGUGAAAAAUUAUGGUAGAAAGUAAAGCAAAAUUGAUACGUACGUUUGAGCCUCUAGGAGCGACCAUCGCUUGUAAGCAACCACCUCCCAUUGGCUUGCUUGCUACCAGGAACGUUUGCGUUGUGUAAUUAGGGACCUUACGAAACUACGACGGCGGUGGCAACGUCAACGUCAACGUCAAAAGCAGUAGGUUUAGUUAGCAAAAUAACAACCCUGUACGUGCAUCACGGUUUUUUGUACAUUUCUUUGCCGUCUCUGCACGAUUACGACGAGAAAUGACCAAAUUUGAAGUUUUUUUGAGGACGGGACAUGCAAGGCGAUAAAUUCUAUUCUCUGUCUGAACUCGGGCGUGGCCCUCUCUCUUCAGCUCCAACAUAAAUUCCCUUCUUUUUAGUAACUGGGCGACUUGGGAUAUUAUCGCGAAAUGGUUUGAAAGGAUGCGGAGUCUGUUUCAGCCACCUUUUAAGGGACGUCGCGGUUGUCGGAUCGUAAGCUCCCUAUUAGGACGACUACGAGUACGAGAUUUGACUUAUAGUUUUUGUCGCGUAUUCUCCAAAAUAUUUAACCCGGAAAGCUUCAUUUUACCAUUUUUCACCAGAAAAGUUAACACUGUUACCAUUAGUGAAGGAAGGUUACACCCUCUCCCGAUCGCAAAAUGAUAAAACUUCUAACAUUUGAUAACUUAUUUUCCCCACUUCGACAUUCUCACUAAACUCGUAAAGAGUGACUACGGCUACCGCGUUUUCCCGCCAAAAUGACGCUUGUCCACGCGUAAGCCCUACUUUGUACUGAGAAAAUCUCAUACUCGUUGUCGUAUUCGUCGUAGAAUCUAAAGGCUUCUAUUAUCAUGGGUUAACCAACCUGAUUCUGGUUUACAUCUAUUUUAGCCACAAUCAAUUUAACCGACUAAUGUUUGGCUAUCUCAUAGCUCCCAAGGUACCGCCUAACGUCACUGCAGGCCCCCUUACUACCACUAGCAUCAAUGUUAGUUGGAGUAAAAUUCCAUGUAACAGAAGAGGUGGAAAGAUAAUUAACUACUUCAUUGAGAUUCAUAACAUUAGCGGAAGGAUACUUGAAAAACAAGUCAGCGGCAACGACUCUUCCUACGAGGUGACAGGUCUAGAAGUAUAUUCAAACUACAGCGCGAGGGUUUUGGCUGCUACUGGAGCGGGCAAUAGCUCUUUCAGUGAUUUCUAUAACACGACCACGCAUCAGCCAGGUAUGACGAAAUUCACAUAAUUAAUUAAACUAAUAUUUAACAAUUAUUCUUCGAGCCCGAACGGGCUCUGAGUCAAUAACCCAUGAGGCCGAAGGCCGAAUGGGCUAUUAACUCAGAGGCCAUGAGGGCGAGAGGAAUAAUUGUUUUAGUAAAAUCCAACUAGUUGGUCAAAAAUAUCGAGACAAAACAACUUAAAGCAAGACUUUAAUCCUUUUUUGCCGCCAAAAAUCUGCUACUGGUGGGCUAUAACAAAUAGCCUAGUAAAAGUUCAACCAAUCAGAACGCAGCAUUGAUGAUAGACCACUAGUUGGAUUUUGCUAAAUAGAUUUAGCCAAGGCUAAAGGCGAAGCUAUUUUUCAUAAAUUAAUAAUUUACUUCAAACAAAUAACUUUUAACCAUUGCAAAGAAAUCUACUUGUAGUUGAGCCGGCGAUCAGUUGAAAGCCAGUAACUUGUCAGCGGAUAACUUAAAAACACGUAACCUCAAUGGGUCGACACUUGAGCCCGCGAUAUUGUGAUACUGGCCAGCCUGUUUUGACAGCUGUUAAUUGACCAUAACAUAGAUGUGCAAUAUCACGUUGCAGGCUCCCACAUUAGCUAGAAAGUGUGACAUUUCACCUUGGCUGCCCUGUGGUGCGGACGGAGGGACGGACGGUCACCUGACUGCCAAAAUUUCUCGGAUUCACUUCUUCCACGUAGACCAUAAUGCACCUUGUUUAGCUCCCAAAAUUUUGCACAACCAUUGUUUCCAAUUUCUCCUGGGAAGAACUGCGUCGUUUCAAGAGAAAUCCAAGACAAUGGUUAUGCAAAAUUUUGCGGGGUUAACAAGGUGCGUUAUGGUCUAUGUAAAAAUGGUACGGGGUUCGAUCCGCUCACGCGUGGUUAGGGAGUGCGGGCGAGAUCGAUAUAAACGCCCUUGCCCAAGCGCUGUACUUUAAGUAAGUUUCAUGUGAUAGACGGUCAAAAUGGGCGUGAACAGAUUGCGUUUUAUGCAUAUAUAUAAUAUAAUAUAACAACUUUAUUUAAGUGUUGAUGUCUUUAGCUUAUAAAAGCUAUAAUUGGGGACACUAAAAUAAUAGGAAAAAAAUUAUGAAAUGAGUUUAUACAUUAUUGUCACAAUUCGAAAACCACUGUGUGUCCCGCUGAAAUAUUUCGUACGAUUGUGCCCAUGGGGAUCGCAGGGGACUGGGGAGUUAACAAAGAAAAAGCGAAAGGCUUUGGGUGUGCCAGAACUGAAAACGUUUGUUUGACUGAAUUUUAGCACCUGAAAAGGUCCCAACAGAUGUUAAGGUUAAAGAAACUCGAAAAACAAAUAUUACCGUAACUUGGACGGAGAUAUCAGACGACGAAUUCGUCCAGGGUUAUAUUGUCAAGUACAAGAAGAAGGGUGCUGCCAGUUCCAAAUUCACUAAAGUCGACAGAGUGAAAGAAAUGGUACUUGACGAUCUAAACAAAUUUACAGAAUACACGAUACAAGUCGCGGCACGAAGUUCUCAGCCAGGGAAUUACAGCGAAGCAAUAUCUGCAAAAACGCUCGAAGAUGGUAAGCUUCCUUUACUAAAUAUCUUCAUAUGGGAAACAUUUUAUUAAACGUCUCUAAUUAAGCUGUUCCUGUCGUCAUUUUCUGACAGGUACCUGGUUGCUAACCCCUUGCAGAACAUGGUAACGUACUUGGAUACCGCUUAGCACACGCUCGCUGGAUGGCAAAGGGUCCACGCGUUCAUUCAGAUCACAAAGCUUUGAGUGCAGUCGGGCGGAGCCUUCGUAGGGUACUUCAAAAGUCUUUCAAUUAUUCUAGUCCAGUCAUUUCGGGAAAUAUUCAACAGAAUAAUAUUAAAGCGAGGAAUGCUUCGCUCGAUCGCACUCAAAGCCGUUGUAAUCGGAAUGAAAGCCUGUCUGGCUUGUCAUCCAUCCAUCUGUUUCUAACUGGUAUCUUAGCACGUGAUCUGUUGCUAAGUGGUAUCCAAAUGGUGACUAAGUUCUGCAAAGGGCCUUUGAAUUGACAAAAACAUUGUAAGUACCUUGAGAUAUUAAUGGUAGUUGAAAAUGAUUUAUCAUAUGCCCUUUUGGUCUGAUAAGUUGACUUUAAGGAAACCUUACCUCUUCAGAAUUUUUAUUUUGAAAAAUUAGUAAAAUAUGAUCGUGACAAGUCAUUUUUUUCUAAAUAUGGCCUCGUUUUCAAAGAGAGUACUGGUUACAACACUUUCAUAUAAAAAUAACUUUUCAUUCACACGCAAGUUAAACACAUUUUCUGGUGAACAGUUGUGCACCAGGCCACGUUUUUAUAAAGAGACUUGGUUAACUUGAAAAUGGACUUUUUUCCAUUGGUUAGUUCCCGGUGCUGCACCUCCUGGUGUGUAUGUAGAUGUUUUGGAUUCCACCUCCGCGAGGAUAAAUUGGCGCGAAGUUCCUAAAGAAGAACGUCAUGGUAUCAUAAAGGGCUAUCGUGUCCUGUACAAAAGAAAGCAAAAUGGGAAAAGACGAAGAAGAAGUACAGAUAACUUUAAGACAGUAACGACAGUUGAUGGAGCCUAUUCAAUACUUCUCAAGUCUCUGGAUAAAGCCGCUGAAUACGAAGUCGAAGUGCGUGCAUUUACUAGCGUAGGAGAUGGACCAUCACUUCCAAAUAUAACUUUCACCACCAGCGAAGACGGUAAGUAUUUCACCCAAGUUGGUAUUGCGGCGCAAUCGGGAAUAAGCACUAGCUGCCGCCCCUGGAAACGAGGUUGAUCGAUGGUAUUUCAUAAUUUAUACCAUCGAAUCGUUGGUAUAUUUCAAGAUAUAUUGCUCGCAUCUUCCAAAAAUGGUAAGCACCAGUUGGUUAUGAAGAAUUAGCUGGCGGAUUGGAGGCAAUCAGUAACGGCGGAAUAUUUUGAAUGAAUGAUAGUAUUGCUGGCAAUGGUUAGGUGAUAGGGCGACUUUCGUAUGACCUUGAAAUGAAAACGCGCAAUCAAAAAAGAAACAACAAACGAACCGGAAAAUAGAGCGAUUUGAUUGGUUUAUCGAACGGAUAGAAACAAGCGUGGCUUUUGGUUCGUUAAGCGAACGCUCGGGUGAAAAAACUUCAUGCCCGAGAACUUUCUAGAAAUCAAUCGAUACUUCGCUUUGACGUCAUACUGCAACACGAUUGGCCAAUCGAACAAUGCCUUCUCCAUAUUAGGGUUUUCUCUGGCGGGAAAACGAACAGGCCAUGUUUUGAUCUUUUCGUCCAUUGGCUGAUAAAACAAAUAACGAACACUUACCGAAACAAUAUUUCAAGGUCAUACGAAAAUCGCUCUAUUGGUAAGCACCAGUUGGUUAGUAAUUGGGAGUAAUAGAAGUACGAAAUGGAGAAGGAUUUAGUACCCUUGCUAGGUCUAGGCACGUCUCCGCUUGAUUAUUUUAGACCCAAUAGACCGAGGCUGCGCAAGAUACCUCGUUUUGGUAAGAGAAUGGCCCCCUCCUCCGAUACCAAAACGUCCACAUCAACGUAGGUAUCAAACCUUUCGUGGGGGCAGCCUCGUCUCAAUGUUCCUCUUUCCCACCUCGAGAAAGAAAGAGAACCCUGGAGACGAGGUUGCCGUAGGAAUCUGGUGAGAGGAAAUUUAAAAUGACUAAUACGAGGGGGCGGGACCCCUUUGUAAACAAACUUUUACAGACCCUACACAAAUUUUCCAGGACUGGACAAUCAGAUUAAUUGUUUUUCAGUUCAUGCAAAUUGCUGUCUAGCUGAUCAUUUAUAGUUUCAGAGCAGCCAUAAUUUUCUUGCGCAGUCAUCCCUAUCAGCAAAAAAUGAUUUCAUCAGCUUUACACAGUGCCACACCCAACACGAGAACAGAACAAAGCUCAAGUGUGAUAGCUAAAACACCCUACAACCUGGAACCAAUAAACAACACUGAAGAAAACUAUUUCGCUUUGUGAAAAGCUUUAGAGCGAUUUUCGUAUGAACUUGAAAAAUGGUUUGGGCAAGUGUUUGUUAUCUGUUUUAUCAGCCAAUGAAUGAAAAGAAAAAACAUGGCCUCUUCGUUUUCCCGCCAAAGAAAACCCUAAUAUGGAGUGGGAAUUGUUUGAUUGGCCAAUCGUGUUGCAGUAUGACGUCAAAGCGAAGUAUCGAUUGAUUUCUAGAAAUUUCUUUGGGCAUGAAGUUUUUUCAGCCGAGCGUUCGCUUAACCAUCCAAAAGCGACGCGCGUUUGUAUCCGUUCGAUAAACCAAUCAAAUCGCUCUAUUUCCGUUCGUUUGUUGUUUCUGUUUUGUUCACGCGUUUUCGUCUCAAAGUCAUACGAAAAUCGCUCUUCCAUUUCAGUUUACAAACUUCCAGGAAUUUCCAGGACCUGUAACUUUCGAGAAGUUUCAGGACCUGUACGAUCUCAGUGGCCCAUUGAAUAGAAUUAUUUAAAAUUCGUUAUUCACCAUUUUCACAUAGAGCACAAUGUACCUUGUUUAUCCCCCCCCCCCCAACCUUUUUCAUUACCUUUGUUUUUAAUUUCUUCUUUGUGUGACCGUCGUCCCAAGGGCAAUCAAAGACCAUGGUUAAUGUAACGCGUUCCUUUUUUGUUGUUUUUUUUGUUUUCUUUUUUUUUAAUCCUUUCAUUUUUUGUUUUUGUUUUUGUUUUUUUUUUUUUUUGGGGGGGGGGGGGCGCAGGGUAAGGUAUACAAGGUGCAUUAUUGUCUAUAUGAAAAUGGUGACUUGGAUUAAUCAUAUUGAUCACAUUAAUCAUAUAUUUUAUAGUAAACCAAAAGGUUUCUGCAGACAUUAUACCAUGUUGAGAAAAUUUCACGAAAAUGCCAUUCAACUGUAUAAGAAUAUGAUUUGUACCAAAGCAAGGUCAGGGUACUUGAUAAACACCCGUAAGAGAGCCUAUUCUGAACGAAGACACAGAACAAUAAUCCAUUUACUCUUUUUUAGUUCCCAGUAAACCUCCUGUAAAUAUAAAAACAGUGGACCGGUUAUCACCGGAUACCAUCAGGGUGUCCUGGGAACCAGUUCCCGAGAGGCACAGGCACGGAACAUUGCAAAACUACAAAGUGAUGUACCAGAAAGUAGAAGUUGGAGACAUAGGGAUAGAGGAAGAACCGGUGGAAGUAAAAAUAGUCAACGCUAGCGAAACUGAUGUGGAGCUGGAAGGGCUGGAACCAUAUGUGCGGUAUAGAAUUACAGUUGCAGCUAGCACAACCAAAGGGUAUGGACCACCGAGCGCAUCUGUUUCUGGAGGUAAUAUAUAGAUUUAGCAAAGGCCAAAAGCGAAGCUUUCUCAAGUAAUUCAACUUCCACAGUAAGCAGAAAGCAAACUGAAUUCCACCUUAAAAAUGGACCUGAGCCCGCGAUCAAUUGAAAACCAGAUAAACCGGAUACCCUUUUUGAUAGCUGUCAAUUGACCAUAACAUGGAUGUCCAAUACCAAGUUAAACAAAAAAGAAAUAUGCCUCAGGGACAUCAAGCUAGUAAGUGUGCCAUUUCACAUCCGCUAACAUGAAGGGGGGGAAGUACGUACGGACGAUUUUGUCGGAACCAAAAUUUCUUGGAUGCAUAGAUAACCGAAAUUUCGCGCGCGAGAGCUCCGCUAUAAAGCUUAUGAUCAGUGCUAUAUCUACAAUUUAACCAAAAAUCGCGUAUUAUGUUGACAUGAAAAAUAGGAUCAAUUUAGGUCUCUGGGAAACUGCCUACCUACCCCUCCCCUGAGCCAACAUUUUGCCCUAAGUGAGAAGUAAAUGAUAAUGUUGGCUUAGGGGAGGGAUAGGUGGGUAGUUUCCCAGAAACCUAAAUUGACCUCGUAUGUACACCUCUUCACACUGCCACGAAGAGUGGCGCAAAAACCUCUCCGAUGAUCCACUUUGAGUAUCUGCGCGGCGCAGCCGUAAAAGUUGAGCCUCUCUCAACAUUUGCCUUCACGCGCGACUUUUCAUAGUUUGCCUCUAUUUAUUUACGCACGCGAAAUUUUAAGCGUCGUGUACGUAAAAAGCUCCACGACAGUGGAUAUCCACCUUAAGGGGGACAUCGACAGUUGAUGAAUCUAGGAGCUACAUUGUUUAUUGAUAUUUGUGUGUUGUGUGUUUUUUUCAGAGACGUGCCACUGCAAACAAAAAUUUUCCACAAGUUGGCGACGGUACGAGCCCUACGCAAACGUUACCGAAGAUAACAAGCCUGGGCAAAUAAUACCCAUUGUUCUGCAGUCUAUGGUGGACGAAUGCUGUGGAAACUGCUCGGCCUACGAAAGAAUACGUUUGGAUUUUAAAGAGAACGGCAAGAACGGAACAGCACUGCGAAAUUCAAGCCGUGAACUUCUUGAAAGCUUGGAUCAAGCGACCGAUUUUACCUUUCCUGUGUAUGGAUUUAACGAGCAAGACCGCUAUAAAGGCGGUUAUGGCUACAUACCGGUCAUAGAAUCUGCUGGGGUAGCAUUUAUCGUUUACCCUAAAAAAUCCUCAAACCAGAAUGCAAUGUACGACUUGAUGAUCAGCUGCCUUCCCGUGUUAGUGCUGCCCAUUAUCACGGCGUGUGUCUCGGGCAUGAUUAUUUGGGGUCUGGUAAGUAUACCAGCUCGUUAAGCCCUACGAGUGAUUAGCAUCAAAUUUCUCCUUGUAAUAUCAAUGCUUUGUAAAACACAGUGGUCAUGGGAAUUACGGACCUGAUCACACAAGAUGAAUUUGUUUGAUUUGUUAUCAACUUCUCCCCACUACUUCUGUAGGAAAUGAAUAGGGGCAACAAAUGAGAAUUCAAAUUUUGAUCUUAAGGUUUAAAUGGUUAAAGGGGCUAAGUCACACUAUUUGAAAAGCUAAUUCUUGCCCUCGCAGCAACUGAACUAGAAUUAUAAAAAAAAAUCAGAGCAAUUUUUGUAUGACCUUGAAAAAUGGUUUCGGUAAGUGUUCGUUGUUUAUCAGCCAAUGGAUGAAAAGAUCAAAACAUGGCCUCUUCGUUUUCCCGCCAAAGAAAACUCUAACAAGGAGAAGGCAUUGUUUGAUUGGCCAAUCAUGUUGCAGUAUGACGUCAAAGCGAAGUAUUGAUUGAUUUCUAGAAAGUUCUCGGGCAUGAAGUUAUUUCACCCGAGCGUUCACUUAACCAACCAAAAGCCACAGGCGUUUGUAUUCGUUCGUAAGUCCAUCAAGUCGCUCUAUUUCCGUUCGUUUGUUGUGUAUCUGUUUUGUUCUCGCGUUUUCAUUUCAAGGUCACUCGAAAAUCGCUCUAACGGUUCAUUUUUUUUUUUAAUUUAAGGCCCUAUAUUUAGGCAAUGACAAUAUUUCCUGUCGUCUGGGUCAACGGAUGGCAAGGAUGGAGAUGGAUUGAAACUUGAAAAGGUUCGGCCAACGUUUUCAAGUUUUAAUGCCAUGCCUGCAAAAAUCACCAAACAAAUAUUAUGAUAGACCUUGCCAUGGUUUCGACGCCAUCAUGACGAGUAGGCAAACAUGUUAGAAAUCACAGUGUUUAUAUGAGAAUCUAAUGACGAAUAACUUCAUUAAAAGUGCUUUUCUGAAAAAAAUAUCAAUUGUAAACUAAACCUACAAAGCGAAGGAUUGUAAUUAAACAUUUUGGGGGCGUAACUGUGCUUAAAUCUCUCCAGAGGCUUGCUUUAGAUUUUCCAUAUAUUUGUCUGUAAUUUUUCCCGGGAAUUUCUUACAGACAAAUGUAUAGAAAAUUGUAAAAAGUGGUUCUAAGUCUUCUAGCGAAUGUAACGCCGUCAAUUUUUUUCAGUAGAAUACUUAGGAGUGAAGCUUUAGUUUGCAAUUCAUGUUUUUUUCGGAACAGCCGUUCUACGGAAAUUAUUCGACAAUAGAUUUUCAUACAAACACUGUAAUUUCUCACGCGUUUGCCUACUCGUCAAGAUGGCGUCGAAAACCGUGACAAGGUCUAUUAGCGCUUCCUGCUAAAACUUUUUUGAUAUCUUUUUUCACAACUUUACAGGAGCGUUGUGUGUAUGAGUUAAGGCACUAAGAAAUGACUUUAGCACAUAAUUGACCCAGAACAUCUAUAUCCUUGUGACAUAGGCCCUUCAGCUAGACAAGGGUCUACGCAGACUAGCACCGACUGAACAUCGCGUACGGUUUUUUUUUCCUUAUUAGGAGAGAAUAAAUAAUUCAAAAGAUUUCCCCGCACCGUUUCUUCAAGGGACCUGGGAAGGAAUUUGGUGGGCUUUUGUUAGCAUGACAACCUUAGGGUGAGUAAGCGAUUUACAGAUAUUUUGUAAACGUUACCAGGGCCGAGUAUUCCCCAGGAUUGUGUUGAUCCAGGUAAGGAAAUCUUGAAUCCAGGAAAUUUUGGCUUGGGGAAUCCAGAAUCCUAGGCUUUGGAAUAAGCUCAAGGAAUUCGGAAUCCUAGGUUACACUGACAAGGUAUCCGUAUUCCAGUACGGCGAAUUGUCUAUGUCCAAAUCCUCGAUGCAAUGUACGGCGUUUCCGUCUGACGUUACUUCCGCUAAAACAAUGAAAAGGCGGCCGUAUUGAUCCACCAUAAAUUCAGUCCUGCGGGAGUUCUUUUUGGUUCUUAUAAACAAGUUUGCCGCUUUUCCUGUGAGUGGACACACUCUAUAAUUCGGAAGACAGCCAGUUGAAUAUUUUGAAUAGGUAUUAGUCGGGGAAUGCCCUAAGGUCCGGAACAGCCAGAGUGAUGCCUCUCGAAUUUAAAUAGCCUAUGAACCUGCUCAAUUUUUCAGCUUCACAGAUGCCUUCUCUUAGAUCCGUUGUAGAGAGUUGAUAGGCAAACAAGUAUUGCUCAGCUAAAUUCAGAAGAUACUACCUACUUUAUCAGAGCUGUUCAUGCCCUGUAGAGAGUCCUUAUUUUAAUGCUAACAAGACGCUGUGGGAGCGUAUAUUUGGGCGUCGAUUGCGAUGUACUAGACAUAUGAGAAGUUUUUUACGUGUAUUAGGGAUAUUUGAGUAGUGCAGUAGCGUUGUAUAUUUUAGGGGUUGGUUGAGAUGAGUGAAGUGUAAGGCGUGGAGUUAUAUUCGACGAGGAUUGGUAAGAUAAUGGCUGUAGUUUGUUAAUCGGUGAAACUGGUUUCUCAUAGAAUUUAAUAUGAAGUAACAAAAAGUAAUUUUUUCGAAGGUAAAAGUGAUUUAAGUGUUGCAGUGAGGUAGUUGUGAGAGUGCUAAUUUGGUUAUGAAGGGAUAGCGUAGCGUACAGUGAAAUGAAGUGGUGGUUGUGAAAGAUCUUAUCAAUAGCCGAAAAGAUACUUGUACUUAUUUUAGGAUUAUUUUCGGUUAUUUUGGAUAAUAUUUGUAAGGACCUGGUGACAUGAGCCAGGCUAGCUCGCUUUGUUGAGAUCUCGGCACCUUAGUUAAACGAAAGAAAAAUCAACUUUGCGAUUAUAUGACAACGGAGCCAGCAAGGUUAACUAGGAUUCCAAGUAAUCACGCUUGCCGGGCGGCCCGGCGAAUGAACCAAGCGCAUUACUUCCAAUCUCCAUUUACAAAUGGUGGCUCCGAUGUAAUACCGGGCUAAAAGUCACCUUGGCAGAGCUAGCCAGCCCAAUAAACCGGGCCAGUCCGGCUCAUUUGAUCAGGCCCUAAGUGUGAGUUGUAAUGUCACGCAGUUUGCUCGUGAAAGCUUUGGAAUUUGCCGCCUUCGUGGUUCGUGUAUGAGAGAAUACAACUUAAUCUAAUUAACCCAAAUGCUUUAUAUGUAACUGCCACGAAAGCAGUUUGCACGUGAAGAUGUUGGACUCUGCCCCUUUGACGGUUCGAACGUGAAAGAAGGCAAUUUGUUUACGAGAUCAUUUCGCUCAAUAAGAUUUUAAGAAAUCACCUCGCUUCCGAAAGUAUGCACUGAAAUUAUGGGGUUUUGCUAAAAGCAGGCCCGCGGCCCAGCGGCCCGCGGCCCACGGCCCGCGACGGCCCAGCGGCCCGGCGACCCGAAGGCCCAUCGGCCCGCGGCCCACGGCCCGCGACGGCCCCGCGGCCCGGAGGCCCGGUGGCCCGGUGGCCCGGUGGCCCAGUCCUGAUUUUUCCACAGUCUUUUUGUCCAGCAGUAAAUCCACGCACAUGCACAGAUCUGCAUCGGGUUUGGGCGUGCAAAAUGGACGACGGUGAGUUUGAAUUCGUUUACCAUUUUAAUAAUCAUGUCAAUCCAAUUCGACCCUUUCUUUCGUUGCAUGUUGCUAAGCGAAAAACGUUGUCAUUCUCUGUUUAUUCGUCUGUUUACAGAACCCGAUAGAGAGGAAGUCCAUUCUCAAACGAUCUAAGUUAUUUUCAAACCACAGUUUGAAAAACUCUGUCCUGCUCUCCUUUUGGGGUGGGGUUCCUGUAAAUAGACCGACAUGUCUCUGUAUAGAGAACGAUUCGCAGUUCACAUAUCUCACAUAUUGUGCUAUCGGUUUCUGUUAAGAGACGAAUGAACAGAGAAUGAAAACGUUUUUAUCUGAACAAGAUGCAACAAACAGAAACAAGGAUUCAAAUGAUUAAAUGGUAAACGAAUUCAAACUCACCGUCGUCCAUUUUGCGCGCCCUAACCCGAUGCAGAGCUGUGCAUGCGCGUGGAUUUACCGCUGGACAAAAAAACUGGAAAAUCAGGACUGGGCCACCGGGCCUCCGGGCCGCCGGGCCACCGGGCCGUCGCGGCCGUGGGCCGCGGGCCGAUGGGCCUUCGGGCCGCCGGGCCGCUGGGCCGUCGCGGGCCGUGGGCCGCGGGCCUGCUUUUAGCAAAACCCGAAAUUAUGCACCAUUCAAUGUUACCCUUAUUUAUCUCAUGCACAAUCACGCAAUUUUGCGUGACAUCGUCUUUGGCUCGCCACAACUGAGGGCAAAAACAUUGUCAAACUCUUGACAAAUCGCCCGGCUUUUUGGUAAGAUAAAAAAUACCGUAAGCAAAACAUCGUCCUCUGAGAGGACAUGUCCUUAUUAGCAAUGAAUAGUCUGUACAAUGAAAAAGGGCAAUGACCGGCACCUAUGGACCGGGGGAAAAACAUUCACGCCCUGUGCUGCGAGGACAAUUAUUUUCCAAAGCGAAAAUUUAAAUUAUUUAAUGGAUUGUUUCACUCACUUUACCUUGUUUUUUCAAUACGUUUGAUUUCUAUUGCCGAUUUGUUUGCCGUGUGUUAUCUGUGGAACGUAAGUAACGAGGAUAAAUGCUGUGUCGAAACACAUCGGGCGGCAGACAUUAUAGUCGGGUCGCUUGGCUUGCUUACUUGGCUUGUUUACGUUCGCACGUAUUGCGUCUCUAUUGCAACUUUGAAUCAAAACAAGCGAUCUCGAUUACCCUAUUUGGGCGACGCGCAAAAAACAAGUGAUACCAGUUUGAGACCAGUCAACCACCGCUUUCCAUCCGUAAGAGUAUCUUCCUUGACAGUUGAAUGAACUCCCCUAAAAGUAAGCUUUUAUUGAUACAAAAACAAUAACAAGAGUUCUUUGGAGACGCGCAAACGCAAACUGAGACACCACUAAGUUUCAGUGUUUUGUCGGCUAACACUAUACCGAAUCGACCUAUAGAAGACAAGGGUGCGUAGCAAAACGCGCGCUAAACCGCAAACUGCGCGCUUAACAUCACAUUUCGCGCAAAAAUCACUACCAUCCUGGAAUUCAAAUUGUGCAGGACCUCACAUACCGUCCCCAAUGACUCUUUCAACUACACAGGUAUGGAGACCGCGCCCCUUUGAGUGGCAAAGGACGUUUUUUUGCCAUUGUGUGGAUAUUAUUUGGACUCGUCAUAAUCGCCCUUACCAUGGCAAUGUUGACGACAGCGUUGACUGCGGUUGCUGUCAAGGAAGAAUACAAACUGUACGGAACCAAGGUGAGCAGCAGAAAAGUAGCGUAAAGAUUUCUUUUGCAGAAAAGGAGUGAUCACUUGAUGUUUACCAAAUCAGGUAUCUCAAGGGCUGUCUACUCAUAUCUGGAGUCUGUAAUAUAUAUCUUUUCGCUUUAGAUUGCCGCUGAAUAUAACUCUCCUGAAUACAAUCUUGGAACCAGACGGAACGCAAAAUUUGACAAAGGUAUGGCCCGUAAUUACAUUAAUUAACUACCAUCACGCCAUGUUACGCCCUAACAUUUACCAUUUGCCUUUACUUUGCCUAAAAUGUACGUAUUGGUGAACUUUUUGAUCAUCAUCAGCAUCACAUCAUCACAAUCAUCAUCAUCAUCAUCACCAUCAACUUCACCAUCAUCUUCAUCACCUCACUUGUUUUUUUUCUAUUCCAAAUUUCAAGACAAGCACUACAACAACAUAGACGAGGUCGCACAGGCUCUCAUCAAAAAAGAAGUCGACGGUAUCCUGGUGGACACUUAUUCCGCAGGCCUGAGAGGAGAUCUGUUUAACCGACCCGAGUUACUCGUCAGCAAGAUCAUUGAUUACAAAUCUGCUUACGGUGUUGUGUUCAGUAGCAGCACCAAUCGACUCAGGAAAUGUUUCCGAAGAUACAUGGUUUCACACAAAGCAGAGAUUUUUGAGAUGGUCAAGAAGAAAGUCAAGCCGAUAGAGGUAAUUCUUUACUAGGAUGGGAAGGAAAGACGGUUUACUAACUUAGAACAAACGCCGCUGAAUCGAACUGGGCAGUUACCGACACUUUACAAACGGUCUCGAGUAAAAAUGACAAAGAUAGCAUGACUGGACAACGGACAAUCUGACUGAAAGUAAAACGAACCCUUAUAACUUGUUCUCAAACUCAUUAAUACUUCAUAAAGAAAUACAAAAGAAAUGAAUGUUUAAUGAGUGUUUGGAAAUCAGAUGAAAAACUGGUCAUUUUUGCAUCCUCGAUUUCUCCUUCUAGAAUCAUUAUGUUUGAGAAGUAAUAUAAAGCAUUCGACACAGUGUUUUAUCACCAGAUGAAUCACCCCAAAUUUCACCAAAAAUAGUCCGCUGUUCGUCCUAUUUUCAACUCUCUUCUCGGUGUUAUCAAAACGCACCAAUUACAUCUAGAGUCUUCAUAGCCAAUUACAUCUCAGCUUAAUUGACAAACCACCAAUAACAUCGCGACUUGACCAAUCAAACAAAUAACCAGAGUUAAAUACCAAAAACUGAAGUGAUACAUCUCACUUUGACUCCGUAGAUUACUACCGCACAGGUUGCCGAAACGUCAGUCACUAGAGACAUUAAGAUUCGAGGACGUGAACAACUACGAAUACGGAUUUGAUUUAAAGUUUUUCCGCGUAUUGUCAAAAAAUAGAUACCCCAGAAUUCUUCAUUGUACUUUUUUUAACCAGAAAAGUUAGCACUGUUAUCGUUAUUGAAGGAGGUUCAGCCCUCUCCAGAUGGCAAAAUGCUAAAACUUCUAACAUUUGAUAACUUGUUCCCGCCACUACAACACUCUCGCUAAAACUCGUAGUAGAAUGACGACGGCUACUACGUUUUCUCGCCAAAAUGACGCUGCCUCACGCGCCAGCACUACUUACUAUUGGGAAAAUCUCGUACUCGUAGUUGUUCUUGUCUUAGAAUCUAAAGGUCUCUACUGUCAGCAAGAGUCCUGUUCAGGACUACACUUACCAGGAUGAUCAUAUUCCAUCAACUUAGAAAGUUACUCCUGGGUUCAAACCAUUUUCUGGAUUACUUUAAGUUUGUUGCUGUGGUUAAGCUCAGGGUUCGCAGAAGAUGUGCGGCUCACGCGCGUUCUCAGCAACCUGUUCGGGGUGGGGUACGUUUGUUACCCAUUUCGGGCUGUGGGACGUUCGCCUCUGAAGUGUUCCGUUAUCUGUCGAAUUUAUCAUUGUCUGACCAGUUAAGGCGAAUAUGCCCGCGAAAAUAAAUACUUGAAUAUGCCAAUAUUAUGAAAUUUGCUAUGUCUACACGAGACGGGAUAUUUUUGCGUGUCGACACGAAAGCUAGCAGCUCUUUCGCAAACCUGUUUCAAACACUAGCAAGAGUGUUUCAUUCGAUUUCUAAAUACUUUAAAGUUGGUCUGAAAUAAUCCAGUGUUGUGUUUGAAUAAUGAAUAAAAUAUUUAGCUAAUGAAUACAAUAUCCACAUUUUCUAAAAAUACUUUCCGCGUUCUCAACUCAUUCGGUUUUUAAUUUUUUUUUUUUUUCUAUACAGACUGGUAACUCCACUACAUCAAGUGACGAACAAGCAGGAGGCAUACUUGACCACAACUCUCCGCAGUUUCGUAAAGGCUUAAAGUACGCGAUCGUGUGUUUUGGUAUUGCUCUUCUCCUGUCAUUGACUUACGAGGUCAUACGUCGCGUAAGAAAAAGACACAAGGUGCAUCAACAAGGUGAGUGUCAUGCCUUUUUCCGCCGUUAAUCAUAACUAUAACAAAAUUGUCAAAUCUGAUUGGCUCUCAACUGCCCUGAUUUCAGCCUUAAUUGGACAGUUAAAUAGGACAGUACGCGUCAUGCCUAAGUAAUUGGACAGUACGCGCCAUCACGCGCGCGCUUAAAUGGCUUUUUUUUUUCACUGCUAGCAAAACAAAAUUUCGAAUUUCUUGUGUUUUGGUUUAAAAAAUAGUUCGUCCAAUUCAGUCUGCAAUCAUACUCGUGAUUAAACAAAUCGGACUCCCGCUACGCGGUCGUCCGAUUUUGUUAAUCACUCGUAUGAUUACAGACCGAAUUGGACUCCACUCAGUCCUGUUACCAUUACUUAUAAUUGUGAUAAUAUAUGCUCUUUGUCUUGGUGGCACGUGACAUCAGAUUGUACGGUUCGGCUCGCGUCGUCGUUUCGCGUAGGUUCUGUUUUUCUAGUUUGUAGUUUGAUGCAGUAGCACAAACAUUGUGUCUUCUCAAGUAACAACGACUUAUUUGCUUGUGAGGAGCAGGAAAGGAGCCAAAGAGUAUUAAAUGACAAGAACUGGAAAUUUGUGCUGAACGCAGUUAACCUCAUCUGUACCUUUCCAUUGGUGUGCACCACAGUGAGGAAAAAUUAAUUCGAUAUUAGACCUGGUUUACAAGUGCGAAGCGAAUGCAAACGCACGUGCAAAUGCAGAUGCAAACGACGUUCACACGUCCGAUGCAAACAAAAGCAAGCUACUAUUCGCAAGCGCAGUCAAAGUCUUUUGGAACUAAGCCACCGUGGCAUGGAGCGGAUGGAGCCUGUGUUUAUGUUAGAUUGUCUCUGCGUUUUGCGUUGUCCUGGUUCACACGAGUAAAAUGCAAACCCAAGCGCAAAUGAAAGGACACAUUUGCGUUACGGUAGCUCACACGUCUAUUUCGUGGAGUUUGCGUUUGCGUUACGGAGGUUCACACGUGUAUUUCCUUGCGUUUGCAUUUGCGGAGCAAGUGUGAACUGAACAUAACUCACCCACAAUAAUUUUCCGUUCCUUGAGUCGCUCGUCUCACAAACUGAAAAGGACAUCUCUCUCAUCUAAGAUCAGUUUUAAUUUCACUUCUUAUUCGUAUUUUUCAGUACAAUUCAAGACAAAGCUUCAAGCAGAAAUGAGCCACUUAGUGGAAGAGUUUAUGCAGCGCACGAAGAAGAUAAAGCAGAGGUUGGGAGAAAAACACCGGCAAGAAAUCCUAAAGUUUUGGAAACUGCAAAGGAAAGGCUCCACAACCAAUAACUGGUUAAGAAUCUCUCAAGUGUCUCAUCAUCCUAGCGAAGUAAUUGUCACCGACUAUAACUGUUGA